AUGGUUUCCUGCCGGGCCUGUGACCUCAAGGUGCUGGUGGCCGUUGUGUGUGGGCUGCUGACUGGCGUCGUUUUGGGACUGGCCAUCUGGAGUGUGGUCAGGGUCCAGAGAGGUAACGUCACACCCACAUCAAGCACCCCUAUAGAGUUCUGCAAGAAUGGUGGAACCUGGGAAAAUGGCAGAUGCACUUGUCCAGAAGAAUGGAAAGGACUGAGAUGUACAAUCAUUAAUUUCUGUGAAAACAGUACCUAUGAGGAUUUUACUUUUGACAGAAUUCCCGUGGGAAGAUAUGGCUUUUCCUUGCAGACUUGUGACAAGAACACGGUAAAUGCGGGCAAUCCAAUAGCAACUCGGCUGUGUAGUACUAAUGUGUAUGGAGAGAUAGAAUUACAAAAUGUGACAAUGGGAAGUUGUAACGAAAAUCUGGAAACCCUGGAAAAGCAGAUAGACAACAUCUCAACGCAGUCUCAGAAUAUUUCUGAAGAAACCCGGAUUUUAACAUCUGAUGCCAAUAAAUUAACCCCUCAGAACAUCACUUCUGCUACGAGAGUGGUUGGACAGAUUUUUAACUCAACGAGAAAUGCUUUACCUGAGGCGAAAAUAGUUGCCGUAACAACGGUGAGUCAACUUCUAGAUGCCAGUGAAGAUGUUUUUCAAAGAGCUGCUGCUACUGCUGAUACAGAUGUUACCUUCUCAACGCUUAUUGAAUACAUUGAGACUUAUUCCUUCUCUCUGGGCAACGAAUCAGUGGUAGAACCUAAUAUUGCAAUACGGUCUGUUAAUUUCUCUUCAGAAGGCACUGUGGGGUCUGCAGGUGUUCUCUUCACUGUGCUGAAAGGAGCUAGCAAUUCUCUGGUUGCUGAUUCCAUACAUUUAAAUGCAAAUGUGGACAAACUGGAUUUGAAUAAACAGGCUGAACUUCAGAUCUUGCUCAACACCACGAAAAGUAAGGCCAAGGCAUGUGGCUUUGUAGUGUAUCAAAACAACAAGCUUUUCCAAUCAAAAACUUUUGUAACUAAAUCAAAUUUUAGUCAAAAAAUUAUCUCAAGCAAAACCGAUGAAAAUGUGAAAGAUCAGAGCACUUCUGUUGAAAUGGUCUUUAGUCCAAGGUACAACCAAAAAGAAUUCCAGCUUCAUUCCUAUGCCUGUGUCUAUUGGAACUUUUCCAUGAAGGAUUGGGACACACAUGGUUGUCACAAAGAAGGAAUCACUGGUGGAUUCUUGCGCUGCCGCUGCAACCAUACUACUAACUUUGCGGUAUUGAUGAGUUUCAAAAAGGACUAUAAAUAUCCUGAAGCACUAGAUAUAGUUUCCACAUGUGGAUGUGCACUGUCCAUUGCUUGUCUGGCUCUCACAAUUAUAUUUCAGAUUGGCACCAGGAAAGUCAGAAAAACAUCAAUAACCUGGGUGGUGGUCAAUCUGUGCGUAUCAAUGUUGAUUUUCAACCUCCUCUUUGUGUUUGGAAUUGAAAACUCCAAUAAGAACUUAAAGACAACUAAUAGUGGCACCAAUAAUACUGACUCGAGUGAUAAUGAAAUUCUCAGACAUGACCUUGUUGUCGUCUCGAAUCCUGCGUGCACUGUGAUUGCUGCCUUGCUGCACUACUUUGUGUUAGUGACAUUCACCUGGAUGGGACUCAGUGCUAUCCAGCUCUAUUUUCUUCUAAUUAGGACCAUGAAGCCUCUUCCUCAGCAUUUCAUUCUUUUCAUCUCUUUAAUUGGAUGGGGACUCCCAGCUAUAGUGGUAGCUGUGACGGUGGGAAUUAUUUAUUCUCAGAGUGGGAAUAAUUCACCGUGGGAGUUAGACUACCGGCAAGAGGAAAUCUGCUGGCUGGCAAUUCAAGAAGGCAGUGGCUUGAAAACAAGUCCAUUGUUGUGGUCAUUCAUCCUACCUGUGACCAUUAUCCUCAUCAUCAAUGUUGUUAUAUUUAUUGUCAUUGCAGUCAAAGUGCUGUGGAGGAAUAAUCAGAAUCUGAAGAGCACAAAGAAGAUUUCAUUCCUAAAGAAGAUUAUUAGCACGUUAUCUAUUGCAGUCAUAUUUGGAAUUACCUGGAUUCUGGCAUAUUUAAUGCUAAUUGAUAAUGAUGGCAUCAGGGUCGUCUUCAGCUGCUUUUUCUGCUGCUUCAACACUACUCAGGGAAUACAAAUUUUUUUCCUCCACACUGUCAGAACCAAAAUCUUCCAGAGUAAAGCUUCCCAAGUGUUGAAGUCACUGUCGUCAACUGCUGGGCGAGUGAGGGCGCUUCCAGCAAUGACCCCACUGAAGCUGCGUGUAAGGAUGUAUAGCCUGCUCAGGUCACUUCCAGCCCUAAAUGAGCACUUCAGGCUGCUGGAGCCAUCUAUAUUUACCGAGGAGACGACGUUGUCUGAAAGUGACCAAGAAAACCUAAGCAUCUAG